AUGCAGCAUUCAGAACAUCCUGAUCUUAUUGAGUUUGAUCCAGAGAUUGAACAAACCUUUCGUCAAAGACGUCGUGAACAGAGAGCAAAAAGAGGACAACAACAGAGCACUAAGGAAGACAACGGAAAUCAACUUGUUCAAGUGGAGCGUACUGUUGAGAUCAAUGAGAGAGAUAUCUUGAUGAGGGAUUUCAUGAUGCCUCCUGUCGUUGAGAACCGAUCGAGCGUAGUCUAUCUUCCAUAUAGGCAUGAUAACUUCCAAUUGAGGCUGGAUGUGAUAAAUUUGUUCUCCAACAACAUUCCAUUCUAUGAGAGAAGUGAUGAAAAUUCACAUUACCAUCUCUCUCGUUUUCUGGAGUAUUGUGGCAACUUCAAGUAUCAAGGGAUCAAUGAAGAAGCACUUAAGAUGAGAUUAUUUUCUCAUACUCUAAAAGAUAAAGCUCGGGAGUGGUUGGACUUACUACCACCCGGUAGCAUCACUACAUGGGCGGAUUUGGUUCUAAAGUUCAUGCUAAAAUAUUUUCCAUCGGCUGAGAUUAGCAGGCUAAAGCAUGAAAUUUCAACCUUCCAACAAGCCGAAUCAAAAAACUUUCAUGAGGCAUGGGAAAGGUUCAAAGAGUUGCUGAGGAAAUGUCCAAGCCAUGGUUUUCCACUACCAGCCCAAAAUUAUUAUUUUUACACUGGGUUAACUCCUUAUAGCCAUUCAGCGGUGGAUUCUACAGCAGGUGGUUUCAUUCGAAAUAAAUCAGUUGGGCAGCUUCAUGACCUUUUUGAGACAAUGAGUGAGCAAUUUGUGAUGUGGCCAAAUAGAAACUCACAUAAAAGAGUAGCUGGAAUACAAGAAGUGGAUGUUAACACGUUGAUGUUGGCCAAAAUUGACGCACUAUCAAAGCAGAUGGAAGCCUUAAAAUAUUCUCCAUCAGUUAAUAUGGUGCAAGGUUCUCUUUCAGUUUGUGUAACCUGUGGAACAACUCAUCAGUCAUCUGAAUGUCCAUUGAUCAUUAUGGAUUCUUCUUUCACAGAGCAAGCUGCUUAUGCACAGAAUUUCCCGUGUCAACAAAAUUUUCAGCGGCCAUUGAAUAAUCCAUUUUCUCAGACUUACAAUCCCAGCUGGAGGAACCAUCCUAAUUUUUCAUAUGGCAACAAUCAAAGCAUUCAAAACCCACCAAAACAAGGGAGACCAAAUGAAGAAAAAUGA